AUGCUAUUACAGCUGCGCGCCUCAAUUUCUUCCAAGACUGGCGUGCCAUAUGAUACGGUCGGAUGUUGCUUUACUUCAUUGAUUGCCCCUCCUAAUCGAACUCACGUCACUGUCAAGAUAGAGAAUAGAGGAACUGCUACACUGCGCAAGUUCGAAUGGGAAUUGUUCUUGGAACUUGAAAGAAGGAGAACUAAUUCGACCACCAUGGACUUAGAACUGCAACCACACUACGCCAUCCGAAUUGCCAUGGGAUUCUUCGGAGAUAAUUUGAUGGGCGAAUGGCGCGGGGUAUAUGGCAGUGCAACUGAGGUGAUGGAUAUUGCGGAGACGACCUGUUCGAAAUACGAGAAAUGGGCUAAUACGGAGAAGAGAUUGGGCUACAAGAACUUUAGUUGCGUUGUAACCGGCCAACGCUGGAGAUUUAUGAAAGGGGUCUUUUUCUUGCACUACGAGUCGAAUGAAGCGGAUGCCACCUCAUUAACGAAUGAUGCCUUGGAAAAUCCAAUCAUAACGGGAGUUGGUAACGAAAUCACUGCUUUGUCAAUUGAAGUCCUAACUGCUACAUGUUAA